ACAUUGCAAUCUCUACUUCUGCGUUGACCUGAGCCUUAGCAGUCGGAGGGGAAGUGUUAAAGUCGGACUUGGCGGUCAGUGAAGAUGACACCUGAAGUAAUCGUUAAGCUGCAUAUAUUCAUUGCAAUAAUCACAGGGAUUGAGGGAGCAGUGACUGUCUCAGGGUCAGGAGGUACAGGGAUACCCAACCAGCAGGCUCUGACUCUCAGAUGCAGCUACACUUUGACACCUGGGGAUGUUGUUACUGUGUUCACAUGGAGGAAAAGAGAGGGCAGCUUUCCAGUGAGGGUAGUCACUGGAUCAGUGUCUCCUCAAACAACUGUGUUCCUGGACUCCUGGCAGAACAAGGGCGUGUUUGUAGGUGACUACACCUCCUCUCUCGACAUCCAGCUGCCUGCCAGUCACGUGACCUCCGGCCAUGCUGGGACAUACAUGUGUGAAGUGGAUGGAGUAUCCGGAAGUAGUUAUGCUGACGUCAAUGCUACCAUUUUGUAUUUAGACACCCCUGUCCUCGUGUUUGAGAAGUCAGAAGUUACUGAGAAUGACUCACUGACCCUAAACUGCAACGUUGUGAGCCACCCAGCUGCAGAGUUGACCGUGCGGAACAUUGACAACGACACCACGUUGGCAGAAGGAGACACCAACACCAUCUCCUACACAAUACAACGAGUUGAGUGUCUCCACAACGGAACCUUUGUCUGCUCGGCUUACAACAGACACACACGAACAACAACACGUGCUUCAUAUGACGUCGAUGUCCUCUGUGCUCCCAGGCUUGACACUCGGGUCCCCUUCAUCAGCCGAUUGUACAGAGGCCUGAAUGAAGUGGCGUCAUUGAAAGCUGCUAUUGUAUGUAACCCUCCGCCUGUGUUCAAGUGGCUGGCCUACCUAGAUAAUCAGCGUAUUCCGAUACCCAACUCAACAUCCCACACGGUCAUCACAUCUGGGCAACAGUCAGUGCUGCAAGUGAUGGUCAGACAGGUGUCAGAAUAUGGAAAGUAUUCUGUUGAAGCUACAAACGACGUGGGGCGAACACAGCUAGUUUACACCAUAGCGCCUGCAGGUGCGCCACUGGCUCCAGAUGAGACGGUGAUACACAACAUCACAUCAACAUCAGUGUGGCUUCAGUGGCAGGCUAACUUUGAUGGUGGCUCCCCACAGACGUUCAGUGUUGAGUACCGUGCAUCUGGCAGCGACUGGAGGGUCUGGAAACAAGGGAUUCCGGAUCCGGGACAAGGAAAAUGGCUAAUCUCCCACAUCAAUAGUUUGAAACCAAACACAGAGUACAUGUUCCAAAUAUCUGCACGGAAUAUACGUGGAACAAGCAGCAAAGUAGUCAGGGACGCUACGACAGCAGGCCAAGAAACAUGUUCUUGCUUAACACAAGUGUCCGAUAGAUUGGGCAUUGGUGUCGGUGUUGGCCUUGGAGUAGCACUGCCAAUGAUCAUAAGUCUUGCCAUCACAUCAGUAGUGUUCUUAUGCAUCAUUGCAAGAAUUUAG